AUGAAGAGUAAGCUGACUUCACAACAUAUGAAAAUGAAAAUUCCGGAAGACGAUGUUUCUCUAGCAGAUGGAAAGGGAUACAUGGUAACAGAGGGACCUUAUCAAGCUCACAUCCAUGAUUCUAAAUCCACUUGCAGCAAUCAUCGGGCAGUGAAUGCAGCAAACAUCCAAAGAAGCAACCUAAGAGCUACAGAGGUUGGGGCAACAGCAUGUGCUAGGCAUGGAUGCUUUGUUCCUCAUGCAGUGGUAGACUUCCAAAAGGGAGAGCGUGCGCUCAUCAUCUAUGAUGUUGCAUGUCAGUGGAGUAUUCACUUUGCUGAACGGGUGGACCAGAGCUAUCAUCUGUCCCUUCCUGAGGGGACUGAAAUAUUGCCCACAAUUGGCAAGUUUCAUUUGAGCGCACAUAAGCUUCAAUGCUUUCCUAGAUCCAUGUCUUUGGCUCACAGACAGGAAGUAUUGGAUGACCAUAUGCGGGAUUCCAAUUGGAAGAAGCUGGUCAGCAUUGGCAAGUCCCCUUCAUUCUGGUUUCUGUGA